CUUUUCUGACCUACCCAUUAUCCAAAAUUAGAGGAAUAGAAAAUAGAGAAUAUGAGAGAAGACUGCUUGGUGGGUGUCGCAGCGCCACUCCACCACCGCCCUUGCAUUUCCAAUGGCUCAUUCAUGCCAAAAUUUCGAUGGUAACAAAGUGGGAAAAAGAGGUUCAAGAAGAAGAAGAAGUGGAAGAAAAUGAAAGACAAGAAAAUGGAGACAACCAUCACCCCCACCACCAUCACCACCAUCAUCACAUCCUUCUCAACCGACUCCAACAACAUCAUCGGCCUUCUAUUGUAUCCUAUCGGAUGAACAUAUCGAUGCCUGACGCUGCGUCUACUGAGAUGAGGGAUGAUAUGUGGUCUUGCCUUGUUGUGCUCGUCACCUUUUGGUUCUUCGCAGCAUCCAUGACUCUGAUUUUCGGUUUUUAUGGAUCUGUGAAUACACACUUGGGACCGAAUUGCUCACGCCUAAUACAAACUAACCCUUUCUUUGUGCAGUCUAUUCAGGCUGAGGAAAUGGUUGAACCAAAACGUGGGCCAAUUCUAUAUGGGUUUUAUGAACCUCCUCCCCUGGAUGUUGAGAUCACCUGGACUGAAACACUUAAUGCAAUUGUACCGGCCAUUUUCCGCAAGGCACAUUCCCACUACCUAUACUUUCUCUUUCUUAAUCCUUUUUUUGCAUUGUUUUAUUGA